AUGCCGAUGGAGAACGAAGGUGGGGCUCCUGGCUCUCCUCGUGGGGAAGAUCGCGGCCUUCCUCGUCCUCGUUCUCCGCCGCCGUCGCUGUGGCUACACGCCGCUCUUUUCGGUCUCUGUCAUCUCCAUCGCUGUUUCUUUGCUUUCAGCUCAUCUAAUCCCUCAAAUUCAGGAGAUGUUAGUCAUUGUCGGUCUGCAAACUCACGUGCAGACGUCGAUGCAAAGACGCAACGCAUGCUGCAUCUCAUGCAAGGCGACGGGGAGACGUUCGCGGAGAGAGCCGAGAUGUAUUACACGAGGCGGCCGGAGCUGACGGAGACGCUGAAAGACUGGCACAAAUCUUACUCCUCUUUGGCGCGAAGGCAUGACAAGCUCAGGUCCCAUUACGUUCAAGUCGUGACCUCAUCAAGAUCAGAGAGCUCCUCCUCGAGUCCCUCCAACAGAGCUGAACAUGCCGAAAGUGAACUCAGCCGAUGCCCGGGAAGGGCCGAGAACAGCCUCGGUUCGGCCAUACAGACCGUCCAAGCCGAAUCCUACCCAGAAGACCAAGAUCCUAUGGUUGAAACGGUUGAACUCGAUCUCCGAACUUGCGUGACAAACGGGUCACCGGGCACGACUUGCCUCAAGGUCGCCAGAGAGAGGAAAGAGAAAGAAGAGAUCGAGGAGACGAGGGCAAUUCGGAAAGAAGCGCUCGAGGGACUCAUGACGGCGUAUGAAUGGAUGCAGGCCGAGCUUAUAAGGAGGAACGAGGAGAAGAGAGAAAAAAUCAUGGAGCUUUCUUCCCAGAUCAACCUACUCAUGAGCGAGAACGCCGAGCUGAAGAACCGUUCACCGGAAUGCGAUGUCGGCGCGGAGCAAAAGCGAGAGCCAAAGGAGUCUCUGCUUUCGAAGCCGAAAGGAUACAUCCUCAAGAAAUUCUCAGGGUGGUUCUCCAGCAACUGA